AUGUCUGGUCGGCCAAUUAGCCCUGGUCAAGGAACUAGUGUGACCCGGUCAAUCCAUUCCCCAGAAAGACAUCCUCUGUUGCCAUUUGGGAAUGGGGUUGUCCAAGAUGUGAGCCCCCAGUUUUAUAAACCUGGUUACAAUGGUAUCUCAACUCAGUAUCUCUUCCCUUUCCCACCCCUGAAAGGAGAAUAUGGCCAUUCUGAAGUUCAGUUAGGAGACUGUGCAGCCAUGCCCCACUCUGGCUACUGGUAUCCAUUCACUGCUACUGACUCAGUCGCAGCCCAUGGAAGCGGACACAACAGUGGGCAUCCUUCCCAACUGUCUGCUACUGGAGGCUUACUCAGACCAGAGAUCAAAACGGAGAAGGAAUCUAAAGGCUACCCCGAGGACGGGAGGUACAGCUCGCCCACUGCCCCAGCCCCUUCUUAUAACCACCGAUGGAGCACCACCUUUUGGCAGCCAGCCCUCGCCGCUUCAACCACCUCGACCUCCAGCUCUUCCUCCUCUGCCCCGCUUCCCAGCCAGACCUACCCUGCAUUCGGGACCUUCCCUUCAUCCCCACAGAUGUACCCCAGCCCCUCACAGCAAAGCGACAGCAGCCAACCCGCCCAGUCCAAUACGGGCUCUACCGGGACAACCAGCGAGGAAGGACAGUCCAGCGACAGCGAGGAGGAGUACCCCACCAAAGAGAAAAUGGAACAAUUUGCCAAAGAACUGAAACACAAAAGGAUUACACUUGGUUUCACACAGGCUGAUGUUGGACUAGCUUUGGGCAAUCUCUACGGGAAGAUGUUCAGCCAGACCACAAUCUGCAGGUUUGAAGCACUACAGCUGAGUUUCAAAAACAUGUGCAAACUGAAACCAAUACUUCAGCGCUGGCUGAAUGAUGCAGAGAACAAUGGCAGCCUGCAUGAGAUUUGUAACAUGGAGCAGGUUCUGGAUCAGUCCAGGAAACGGAAGAGGAGAACCAGCAUUGAGAAUGGUGUGAAGAGAAACUUGGAGACCUACUUCAUGAAAUGUCCCAAGCCCACCAGUGAAGAAAUCUCCCAGAUUGCUGACGACCUCCGAUUAGACAAAGAGGUGAUCAGAGUUUGGUUUUGCAAUAGAAGACAAAAGGGGAAAAGGAUGACCCUCCCUUGUAUGGAAGAGAAUGAUGUACAAAUCCAUGAAGGGAGCCCACUUCACAUGUCUCCCAGUGCUCUGAUGCUGCCUGACCCCAUAGUAACCCAAGGAUACAGUGCAGCUAUGGUGCCACCUCCUAUGUACAUGUCUCCCUUCCCUCAAGCUCUGCACCCUUCUGUCUCCAUGGGCAAUCACACCAGUUAG